CUGGUCUGCUGAAUUUCUCUCCAGCUUUUGGACUAUUGGACCAUCUGUAGAGGUGUUUUUUUUAAUGUUUCCAACUUGGCAGAGGAUAAUUUGAGUUAACCUACUCACUCCAAACAGCGCGCCAUCGCCACCAGUGGAUACUUUUACGCACUGUUUUUGAACACUCAAGAAGGACGAUGCCUCGGUCUUUCCUGGUUAAAAAGUACUUUGCUAAACAAAAGCCAAACUACAGCGAACUGGAAUAUCAAAAUGAUUCGUCACUGGACAGAUAUCCUCUCGCUGAGCUCUCAUCAGGAAACAACACUUCCGCUGCCACCUGCUUGACAACCGGUCUGGUGUGGGACCUCAGUGUCCUGCCCACUCUCUACUUACCCACCUCCCAAACAGAGCCCUCCACCGCCCCAGGCCCUUUGGACCUUAGCUCCCCAUCCAGCCUCAGCAGCAACGCCAGCAGUAGCGGCGAGGAGGACGAAGGCCGCACUUCGGACCCCCCCAGCCCGGAACCCGUGCACACGUACGCCCCUCGUCAGCGAAUGAAAUGCACCGGUGUCAUGGCCCACGCCAGUCCUCCAGAGGAAGAGGAGGAGAGGGAGGCCCCCAUCACAGCAAGCAGGCCUGCUUUUCUCUGCAAACAUUGCCCCAAAGAGUACACCAGCCUGGGGGCUCUGAAGAUGCACAUCCGCUCACACACCCUGCCCUGUGUGUGCACCACGUGUGGAAAGGCCUUCUCCAGGCCGUGGCUGCUGCGCGGGCACAUCCGCACACACACAGGCGAGCGUCCGUUCUCCUGCCCUCACUGCAACCGAGCGUUCGCCGAUCGCUCCAAUCUGCGAGCUCACCUGCAGACCCACGCCGAGGUGAAGAAGUACCAGUGCGGCGUCUGCUCUCGCACCUUCAGCCGCAUGUCAUUGCUGCAGAAACACAGCUCCUCGGGGUGCUGCUCCGCCUCGGUGUGAGACGCCGCAGGGGGCCGGAUGUGGCGGGACAAAGCCCCGAGCUCAGGAUAGUGGAGAACUUGUGGCCACGGACAGGGAGACAUGAUAAUAGCAGCUUUAAGAAACCUGGAAGGAUGUAGUCUUCAUUGGGGAUGUCGGCUGUGCAAGCCUCUUAGCUCUUCUGUGCAGUUUUUCCAUGCUGGCUUGAAGCUGUUGGACCAAAUCUGAACCGAGCGGACACUCUACUUGAUAUCAGCCCCUUUGUUGCCAUUGUGUGCAUUCCAAAGACCAAAUAUGUACUCAACUCAUUGGGCUGAAAGGUGUUGUUUCCUGUCUCCGUCCUGGUGCCGGACAGCUCAGGAUCACAGCCCAGAUACAGCUGCUGAGAGGUAGGGGUGCGUGGGUGGUAUAAACCUCUCAGUGUGCCUCCAAACACGCACACACACAAAAGCCAUGGCGCACACAGCUGUCCCUGGUGCUGUGGUGUAGAUAGACGAGGCGCUAACAGGUGCUCCGGCAGUGACCUUCGCCCAUCGCCCUUGCUUUAAAUAAAGACGCAGCGUGUCCUCACAAAGGAAAAUUGUCUUUCUGAGAGCUGAGCAUCAUCUUAAGGGAUAGUAGGGAUUUUUUGGCAUGAAGUUGUGUGACACCCCCAUCAGCAGUGUAGUACACCGGCAGUGACUCACCCCCCCACUUGGUCCCGCGAGUCCGGUUCUGGUCGGAGGUCCGUGACGAGGAACGUGGUUCCGCUUAGUUGCUGGGUCGUUUAAGUCAAGAGUUUGGCUUCGCAAAACAACAUGCGUUGAAAAGAGUGAUACAUUUGCAUCACAAAAACACAUGUAAACAAGAUGGCCGCGGCGCCCCGGCGUCUUCAUCACAUACACAAGAACGCACAGGCGCCAGUGCGCAGGGAUACAAAUAUGCCGCCGAGCCAUUUGUGAGGUCGGAUUUUUUUGGAGGAGGCAAAUGUAUCACUCUUUUCAAGGCAUGUUGUUUUGGGGAGACAAACCCCAGCCUCUUCCUGCAACUACGUUCUUCACCAAAAUCCCACCAGAACUGGACUUAGGGGACCGAGUGGGUGUGGGGGGAUAAGUCUCUGUUGACGGACCACACGGUGAUGGGGGUGUCAUACAACGUCCCGUGAAAAAAUGCCACCUAUCCCUUUAAGCCUGUAUUUUGACGACACCUUUAAUCUGAUAGGAAAAACGUGCUGCACUGAAGGUUACCACAGUGUUAAUAAUAGCAGUCAAAGCCAUACGUGAAAUGAUUUGUGUCUUUAUCUUUUGUCUUUUUCUCUUUACCUCAUUACUAUUGGUGGCUUUAAUCAAUGUUUGCAGUAUUCACAAAAAGGCUGGGACCAAAGAUUUGCAGAGUUUACACCAUGAAGACAUGGUUGCCUCUUAUCAAGACAAUUUGAAAAUGUCCUCAACAUUUGUGGCGGCGUUUUAUCGUGCAAUGUCUUAUUUCCAUUGCGUACCCUGCUUGUGUGUUCACUAUUUUGUGUAUAUGUCAAAUACGAUUGUGA